GGGCCAGACUCGGAGCGAGUCCCCUGUGUAAGCUGGUGGAGUGUAGGUGGACUGGGCACUCCCGCCCCCUCCGCUGGAGCGCAGCGAGCCGCCGCCGCCGCCGCCGCCGCCGCCGCCUCGGGCAAUCCUGCCGGCUUUGCAAUCAUUGAAUCUCGGGCUCUCUUUGUUGCACCUUUGCCUUUAAUAAAAGCCGCCGGUUCCCCCCCCCCCCCCACCACCUCCCCCCUUUGUAGGUUUCAGCCGGAUUGCCUAUGACCAUGGAGAUCGCGGCUGCUGUGGGUUUUGUUAGCCGACUCCUGCGGAACACGGGCUUAGUGAGCCCGGGGCAGCUCCAAAUCUUCAGCCACUCGCUGCAGGACGCGUUGGCAGAGCACUACAGGCAUCAUUGGUUUCCAGACAAGCCGUGCAAAGGAUCAGGUUACCGGUGUAUCCGAAUAAAUCAUAAAAUGGACCCCUUGAUUGGAAAAGCUGCAAACAGAAUAGGUCUCAGCAGCCAGCAGCUGUAUAGACUCCUUCCAAGUGAGCUGACUCUGUGGGUUGACCCAUAUGAGGUCUCUUACCGCAUAGGUGAAGAUGGUUCCAUUUGUGUCCUGUAUGAAGCACCACCAGCAAAUAACCUGGGAAUGUUGACCUGUAAAAAUGAGCUCAUCAUGGGCAGAACCAGCCCUUCCAAAAACUACUGGAUGGCAGUUUCAAGCUGAAAGGCACUUUGCUGCAACUAAGCAAUAUAUACCUUAAGUGGAGUUUUUUUCUUUUUUAAAAAAAAAUGUGGCUUCUAUAUUAAAAAAAUUACUUGGCCCUGAAAAAAUCACUUCUGCUUACGCAGGUUGCUUUUUGUCAGGGAUAAUUACACAGUUAUCUGGAUGGGGAUUUCCAAAGGAGUAUCGAGUGGGAUGGAAUCCUCUCGUGAAACUAUUGCAAAUUGGAAUAGUUUCAUGAGUGGGUUGUUCAGAGAAAAUAGUCAAAACUACUUUGGCUGAGUAAAUUUGUAUUCUAAUUUUUGAGGAUGGGAUUUUAUUGAAUCGUCACACAUGGUUGGCACCUAAUUAAAACUUUUUAUAUUCUGAAAAUACAACGUUGAGCGUUGGAAACAAAUAAUAAAGCACUGAAAAUGAAGAACACUUUAAAGAUUUCUGACUAAAAGGAUUACAACCAUGAUGUAUUUUGAUCACAAGACAAAAGUAAGCUCUUUUGAACAUUUUUUAAAAAAAAGUUUUUAAAUUACAAGAUUUGCUGUUUUAUAGGCCUGACUGACAUUAUUUGCUACUCCCUAAAGGCAGAACAUUCAGUCGGACUUGUAAAAGAGAUUUGCCCUAGCUUUCUUUGACUUGUGUAACUCAGUAUUGAUCCAAAAAAAGGUGAAAUACAUUUUACAUAUCUCGUUUAAGGGGACACUGCCGUUUGGACUAAGCUGUGAAUUGAUUCCAGUAGCUUAUUGUAAAACUGACAAUAUUUUAUGUAAUACUGCAAAGCCUGUUUUCAAUGAAAGCUUGAGGAAAAAUCACUUUUGGUAGCAUAUUGUGCAGAUUUAGUUUAGUUUGUCUGUACAUAGUUUUUUUGACAGUCUGUAAGCUAUGUGAAUCUAAACUGUUAUACAUUUUUUCUUGAAUAUUGUACAGCUGUAUUGAAGAAAUUGUACAGUUUUCUAUUAAGUUUUAAUUAAAGCAUACUUUUCAAUGGAAA